UUAUUCCCAUCACAUGCAUCAUCUUUUAAUUAAUCAUCCCGUUAGCUACCUCCGACUAUCAACUUGAACUCCCUCACAUUUCGCCUCCACAGCUACUCCGCCAAGCCAAUUCAGCAAAAACCCCCUCGGAUAAAACCCCUAGAGCAGAGGGAGAUAAAGAAAAAAAAGUAACCAAACACAGCCGGAUAUAGCCUCAAGCUAGCUAGCUAGCUAUAUAUUAUAGACCCGAGAUGUGGCGGUGCGUUUCCCGAGGACUUCGCGUCUCUUCUUCCAGAAGAUCGCCCCUCAAUGACUCUCUCAGAUCUCACAUUUCACGCUUUUUCUCCACUGACUCGACUGGGGGACGCUCCUCGUACACAGUAGUUGAUCAUACAUAUGAUGCGGUAGUUGUAGGAGCUGGUGGUGCUGGGCUAAGAGCAGCCAUAGGGCUUUCGGAGCAUGGAUUCAAUACAGCCUGCAUUACAAAGCUCUUCCCUACUCGUUCACACACUGUUGCCGCUCAGGGUGGUAUAAAUGCUGCAUUAGGCAACAUGUCUGAAGAUGACUGGAGAUGGCACAUGUAUGACACAGUAAAGGGAAGUGAUUGGCUUGGUGAUCAGGAUGCCAUUCAAUAUAUGUGUAGGGAGGCACCAAAAGCUGUGAUUGAGCUUGAGAAUUAUGGGUUACCAUUUUCUCGAACUGAAGAUGGAAGAAUAUAUCAGCGUGCAUUUGGUGGUCAAAGCCUUAAUUUUGGAAAAGGUGGACAGGCAUAUCGUUGUGCAUGUGCUGCUGACCGAACUGGACAUGCUUUAUUGCAUACUCUCUAUGGCCAGGCUAUGAAACAUAAUACCCAAUUUUUUGUGGAGUAUUUUGCUUUGGAUCUAAUAAUGAACAGUGACGGUAGCUGCCAGGGGGUAAUCGCAUUAAAUAUGGAGGAUGGGACAUUACAUCGGUUCCGUGCUGCUUCCACAAUUCUGGCUACAGGGGGUUACGGUAGAGCAUACUUUUCUGCAACCUCGGCUCAUACAUGUACGGGAGAUGGCAAUGCCAUGGUUGCACGUGCUGGGCUCCCACUUGAGGAUUUAGAAUUUGUGCAGUUUCACCCAACAGGUAUAUAUGGUGCUGGUUGCCUCAUCACUGAAGGAUCCCGUGGUGAAGGUGGUAUUCUUAGGAACAGUGAAGGUGAGCGUUUCAUGGAACGAUAUGCCCCUACAGCAAAAGAUCUUGCAUCACGAGAUGUUGUUUCGAGAUCUAUGACUAUGGAAAUUCGGGAGGGUCGUGGUGUAGGACCUUUGAAGGACCAUAUCUAUCUCCACUUGAAUCAUUUACCUCCAGAAGUACUGAAGGAGAGACUUCCUGGUAUCUCUGAAACUGCUGCCAUUUUUGCUGGUGUUGAUGUUACAAAGGAGCCCAUCCCUGUUUUACCUACUGUGCACUAUAACAUGGGCGGAAUUCCCACCAAUUACCAUGGCGAGGUAGUUACAAUUAAAGGUGAUGAUCCGGAUGCUGUAGUUCCUGGAUUAAUGGCUGCUGGUGAGGCAGCAUGUGCAUCAGUUCAUGGUGCCAAUCGACUUGGUGCAAAUUCCCUCCUUGACAUUGUUGUUUUUGGACGAGCAUGUGCAAAUAGAGUUGCAGAAGUUCAGAGACCAGGGGGGAAACAAAAACCUUUGGAGAAGGAUGCUGGUGAGAAGACUAUUGCAUGGCUGGACAAAAUAAGGAAUUCAAAUGGCUCAAUACCAACUUCAAAUAUUCGGUUGAAUAUGCAACGAAUAAUGCAAAAUAAUGCUGCUGUGUUCCGUACACAGGAAACAUUAGAAGAAGGUUGUCAGUUGAUUGACAAGGCAUCGGAGAGCUUUCAUGAUGUUAAAUUGAAGGACCGGAGUUUGAUAUGGAACUCUGAUUUGAUAGAGACUAUAGAGUUAGAAAAUCUUUUGAUAAAUGCUUGUAUCACAAUGCAUUCUGCUGAAGCCAGGAAAGAGAGUAGAGGGGCACAUGCACGUGAAGAUUUUACGAAAAGAGAUGAUGAGAACUGGAUGAAACACACAUUGGGGUAUUGGGAGAAUGAAAAGGUCCGGCUAGAUUAUAGGCCAGUUCACAUGAACACGCUAGAUGAUGAGAUUGAGACAUUCCCACCUAAAGCUCGUGUAUAUUAAUUUGAGACAGUUGCUCUAAAAACCUGCAAGGUGGUUUUAUGCUAAUGGUUUCUCUACAAGUAUGCAAUAAUUCCCCCAAGAUAAAAUGGAUGCGAUGAACAAUAAAUUGUUGUAGUUACAGCAUUUUGACGAUAAUUGUUGCAUUAUUAGCCUUGGAGUGAUACCAGCCAUUCAUUUGGAGUCUGGUUUGAAUUUUAUGCCAUGAAAAUUUGGUAUUUAUUGCUUGUAAGUUGAUAAUCAAUCGUAUGCUCUAAAUAUCUUACAGGGCUCAAAUUGUUAAUGGUAGAGUGGUGGAUCUAUAAGAAUUAAUAAUAAGUUGCCAAUUCAAUAGC